AUGGCACAGAAAUAUCAAGAAGGAAGCGAAGAUACAAGUAUCAAGGAUUUUGAAGAUAAAGAUCAAGAGAUACAGAUCAAGGUGGCUAACACGUGGGAAGAUCUUGCAUUGAAGGAGAAAUUGAUGAAAGGAAUAUAUGGAAUGGGGUUUGAAAGCCCGUCGUUUAUACAGAAGACGGCAAUACUGCCGAUGAUAGAUGGCAGAGACAUCAGAGCACAGGCACAGAGCGGAACAGGAAAGACAGGUGCGUUUGCAGUUGCGGCGCUGCAGAUAUGCGAUGAGAAUACUGACGAGACACAAGUGCUUGUGCUGGCAUCGACAAGAGAAAUAGCGGCACAGAAUGCAAGAAGGUUUGAGUCGCUUGGAUGCUACAUGGGCAUAAGAGUUGGGUUGUUGUCUGGAGGAAGCCCGGUGUUUGAAGACAAGGAUAUGCUUAAGAUGAAGCCACACGUUGUGGUGGGGACGCCAGGAAGGGUUGAGCACAUGAUCAAGGAUGGAGCAUUGAACAUGGACUAUAUAAAGCUGUUUAUUAUUGAUGAGGCUGACGAGAUGCUGAAAGCUGGGUUCCAGGAGGAUGUGAAGAAGAUAUUCCGAAGCAUCACGAAGAAGGAUGAGGUGCAGAUUGCGAUGUUUUCGGCAACCUAUGAUGAGGAGGAGCUGAGAGUAAGCGAGGAAAUACUGAUCAAUCCGGUGAUUAUUGAUCUGAGGCACAAUGAUCAGACGCUUAAGGGGAUCAGGCAGUACUAUAUUGACCUUAAGAAGGAGCCGACGUUCAGGAAUGGCAGGGAGGAGUAUCUGCUGCCGAAGCUAGUGACGCUGUAUGACAUAUUCAAGAAGCAACGGCUUGGACAGUGCAUUGUGUUUGUCAACAGUAAGGAGGAUGCCAGGAUUGUGUAUGACUGGCUAAAGAAGAACGAUUGGGAAUGUGAGCUUAUAUCUGCAGAGCUGAUGCAGACGGAGAGAGAAGCAACAUUGAACAGGUUCCGGGAGGGAACAGGAAGAUGCUUAAUAUCUUCGGGGCUUCUUUCUCGAGGGGUUGAUAUACAGAAUCUUUCGGUUGUGUUUUGCCUUGAUGUGCCCAAUUUUGAAAGAAGAAGCACAUACAUACAUAGGAUAGGAAGGUCUGGAAGAUACGGAAGGAAGGGGAUAGCAAUAAAUAUUGUCUAUGAGCAUGAACUGAAGAAUCUCAGAGAAAUUGAGAAGUUCUACAGCACCACCAUCAAAGAACUUCCUGCAGAUUUCAGUUUCCAAUAA